AUGCCUAGUUCCAAACACAUCUUCCUCAAACGCCUCCCCAUAACCACUUGGUUGCCUCAGUACAAAACCUCAACUUUCUUCCACGACCUUUUGGCCGGAUUUACAGUCAGUUUGACCGAAAUACCUCAAGCUAUCGCUUAUGCCGUCGUCGCAGGUCUCUCCCCCGAAUAUGGGCUAUACUCGGCGUUCAUGGGUGGUUUCAUCUACGCCCUCUUUGGAAGCAGCAAAGACAUCAACAUCGGACCCACAAGCAUCCUCUGUUUACUCGUCCAACCUUAUGUGGGGAAAUUUGGGCCAGAUGUUGCUGUUUUGGCCUGUUUUCUAUCAGGAGUAAUAAUUUUUCUCCUAGGAUUACUACAUCUAGGCUUCGUGAUUGAGUUUUUUUCGUAUCCGGUCAUAGCGGGAUUCACGUGUGCCGCCUCUUUACAGAUUGGGUCAACUCAAAUCAAGAGUUUGUUUGGGAUUCCAGGCAAAGCAGAUGGGUUUUUGGACGCCUGGGAGGCUGUUUUUGACAAUUUGGAUGAAAUUAAAUUGUGGGAUACGGUUUUGGGACUCGUCUCGAUCCUAGUUUUGGUCAUUUUGAAGGAGGUCCAAAAAUUCGGAACAUUGAAAUACAAAUCAGAGUGGUCAAAAAAUCGCAAUGUUUUGGGAAUUGUCAUCUUUAUGGUGUCUCUAGCCCGAAAUGCAAUUAUAGUCAUUAUAGGAACAGUUAUUUCGUAUAAUUUCGGCCAAAAUCCCCCUUUCAAAAUCACAGGUGAGGUAAAAGCCGGGUUUCCGCCCCUGGAACCGCCUCCAUUUGACCCAACUUUCAACGGAACUUCAUACAAUUUCAGUACCAUUGCCCAACAUUUUGGCACAACUCUUAUUUCUUUACCAUUGGUUGCAAUCCUUGAAGCCGUGUCAAUCGGGAAAGCCUUUUCCAAAGGCAAAGCUUUGGACGCCACACAAGAAAUGUUGGCCUUAGGUCUGGCCAAUAUCGCGGGUUCUUUCGUUCGGUCAAUGCCCAUCACUGGGUCUUUUACCAGGACUGCUGUUAAUAACUCAGCAGGGGUUAAAACCCCAUUUGGUGGUGUUAUAACCUCGAUUUUGGCGCUCCUAGCUAUAGCAUUUUUGACACCGACUUUUUCAUAUGUACCAAAAGCGUCCCUUGCUUCUGUUAUUAUAUGUGCAAUGUUUUACUUAUUCGAUUUUGAUGCGUUUGUCGUACUUUGGAAGUCAAAAAAGCUUGAUUUGGUACCAUUUUUGACGACUCUUCUCUGCUGUCUUUUUAUUAGUCUCGAAUAUGGAAUUUUGAUCGGAAUUGGAGUUAAUUUACUCUUUGUUUUGUAUGGCAGUGCUCGACCAAAACUCAUCAUAACUGAAGAAAAAAAUACUCGGGGUGAAAUUUUUGUUAUUACUCCCAAAGACACUUUGUAUUUUCCAGCUGCUGAGUAUUUGAGAGAUAUGAUUUUGGCCUGUGAAGGGGAAAAUGCCACUAUGGUGGUCAAUGGGAAAGAAAUAAGAAAUAUUGACGUAACCGUAGCAAAGAGUUUGGCUGUUUUAGUGCGAGAAUUAGUAGAGAAAAACCAAAAUCCGAUUUUGCACAAUUUUAAACCAUCAGUGAUCCAAACUUGCAUCCGAGUUGAUAAAAACUUGCAGAAAUAUUUUGUAGAGAGUGAUUUAAGUGAGAUUUUGAAAAAUAUGCAAUAAAUAUUUUUGUCCUCGA